CGAGAAGCUGAGAUGCGGAUAUUGAAGUACAAGGAUAGGUUGCCCACCAUCACUCUUUCGCUCCUUAUAUAGAAGUCCAUCGAUGCUCGUCUCUCCUGUUCGAGCUUUGCAUACGCUAUAUUAGCAACGUACUCUAGAUACAGUCCAAAUGCGCUUCUCCAAGCUUCUCUCACUGGCCGCGGCGUGCGUGACCACGGUGUCGGCGUUGACGCCUGCGCAGUGGCGUGGCCAGUCUAUCUAUCAGGUGCUGACGGACCGCUUUGCAAGGACCGAUGGGUCAACGAGCGCGAGUUGCAAUACAGCGGAUCAGAAUUAUUGUGGUGGGACCUGGAAGGGGAUUACCAAUCAUUUGGACUACAUUCAAGGGAUGGGGUUUACAGCCGUCUGGAUUAGUCCUGUUGUCAAGCAGGUUGAUGGAUUGACGGGUGAUGGCGCUGCGUAUCAUGGGUACUGGGCCAAAGACAUAUACUCUUUGAAUUCGAAUUUUGGGACUGCAGCGGAUUUGGUCGCGUUGUCUGCUGCGCUGCAUGCCAGAGGCAUGUACCUCAUGGUUGACGUUGUUACUAACCACAUGGCUUAUGUUGGAUGCGGGGCUUGCGUGGAUUACAGUACCUUAAAUCCCUUUAACUCGGAAUCCUACUAUCAUCCGUUUUGUUUGAUCGAUUAUACUGACGCAACAAGCAUUAAAAAUUGCUGGAUGGGCUCCAAUACCGUUUCCUUGCCAGAUCUUAGGACUGAAGACUCGGACGUUCAAAGCGAAUUCAACUCUUGGAUCGCGGAGCUCGUCUCAAACUACACUAUUGAUGGCCUGCGCAUUGACAGUGUCCAACAAGUCAACACUGGCUUCUGGCCUAGCUUUCAAGCCGCUGCUGGCGGCAUCCAUGCUCUCGGCGAAGUCUAUAAUGGCGAUCCCGCCUACGUCUGCCCCUACCAGACCUCCAUAACUGGCGUAUUGAACUUCCCCGCCUAUUACUGGAUAACGCAAGCCUUCCAAACAACCAGCGGCAGCAUUAGCAACCUCGUGAACGGAAUCAACACCAUGAAGUCCACGUGCAGUGACACGACGCUUCUGGGGUCCUUCCUCGAAAACCACGACGUCGCGCGCUUCCCGUCGCUCACUUCUGACCUCUCACUCCAGAAAAAUGCCAUUGCAUUCACCAUGCUUAUGGACGGCAUCCCCAUCAUCUACGCCGGUCAAGAGCAGGCCUAUAGCGGCGGCAACGUGCCCUACGACCGCGAAGCAACCUGGCUAUCGGGGUAUAACACCGGGUCCACCCUCUACACCUUCAUCGCGUCGGUGAACCAAAUCCGCAAUCGCGCCGUAUAUAUAGAUUCCACCUACGUCACGUACAAGGCAGUGCCCAGCUACUCAGACACAACGACCAUCGUACUGCGCAAGGGCCAGGCGGGUGCACAGAUUGUGGCAGUCUUUUCGAAUAAGGGCGCCAGUGGCAGCAGCUAUACGCAAAGCCUAUCGUCAUCGGUCACUGGCUUCUCGGCCGGCCAGACACUUAUCGAGAUCCUGAGCUGCACGGCGUACACCGUUGACUCGAGCGGAAAUCUCGCGGUUGCGAUGGCGAGCGGGCUGCCGCGCAUUUUCUAUCCGACGGCUAAGCUGACUGGGAGUGGGAUUUGCCCUGGACUCAGCGGCGCCUCUAGCACCUCUAGCACCUUUAUCACCUCUAGCACCUCCAGCACCUCCAGCACUUCUAGUAAAUCUAGCACCUCUAGCACUUCCAGCACUUCCAGUAAAUCCAGCACCUCUAGCACCUCUAGCACCUCCAGCACUUCCAGCGCCUCUAGCUCCUGCAGCUCGGUCGCCGUGACGUUCAACGAGCUGGUGACGACGGUGUACGGGACGAAUGUCAAGAUCUCUGGCUCAAUCGCUGCUCUUGGUAGCUGGAGCACGGCGAGCGCGGUGGCACUCUCCGCGUCAGGGUAUACGAGCUCAAAUCCGCUGUGGGCGGUUACGAUUUCGUUCACGCCGGGAACGUCGUUUGAAUAUAAAUUUAUUGAAGUAAAUAGUGCGGGAACGGUGACGUGGGAGUCAGGGAGCAAUAGAGCGUAUACAGUGCCGACGACUGGAUGUACGGCGACGGUUAGUACGAGUUGGCAGUAGCUAGGGAGGAAGAGGAAGGGUUGAGGCGGGGGAGAGGAGGGAAGACAGGGGCAGGAAGCUCAGGGGCUAACGUGGAAGAGUGAAGAGAAGAGAGGGAAGAAAUGCACAGAAAACUCAAAAGUUGAG